AUGGUGUUCGACUCCGGUGAUCCUUGCAACUUCUUUCUGGGAAGUUUGCCACUCACUCUCCGUGGUUCUUUCAAGCCAACCGUUCUAAUGCUCGGAAACGCUUUCACCGACUGGGAAGGUCAGCAGUCACCCUUUGACCCCUCCGACCCGGCUGGAAUACAACAUUGUCUUUACUGCUUCGAUUCACUGUACUCCGAGUUAAAGAGCCAGAGCAACUACGAUGAUAAUCUCUUGAAUAAACUGGAAGAAAGUAUAGGUACCUCCGAGUUCCCCUUAUUUGUUACGUGGAAUAUUAUAUCCAAUGGAGCUCGACCAAAACUUAGAGGAUGUAUCGGGAACUUCGCGCCUAGUCCAUUGAACGAGGGGUUAAAGGACUAUGCAGUGAUUAGUGCUCUCAAAGAUCACCGUUUUUCGCCCGUCACCCUUACAGAUCUCAAGAGACUGAGCUGUACAGUUUCCUUACUUCACAGUUUUGAAGACUGCACAACAUUUACCGAUUGGACGAUCGGCCAGCACGGGAUCUACGUCCAUAUUCCUGACCCUAAUCAACCGAUCACUAGCAAUUCGCCCUCUGAGCCGAUCACGCCGUCCUCCCAAGAUGCUGAACAUUCUGCCAGCCCUGAUGCUUUGGUAGACGUAUUGUCCCAGGUCCAAGCCACACCAUCAGCCACUCCAAUUUCUAGAAAUCGCCCAAGGUCCUGGGCCGGGCAGAAUCGACGACGAAUGAUGAGUGCGACUUACUUGCCCGACGUUGCUGGCGAGCAAGGUUGGACGAAAGUCGAGGCAAUCGACUCGGCAAUCAGAAAAGCUGGCUGGAAAGGCCCUAUUACACCGGCACUACGCAGCUCGCUAAUUAUUGAAAGGUAUCAAUCUUCUAAAUUUACCGCGACCUAUCAAGAUUGGAAAGACUGGAGAGCGCAGUUAGGUUUCCCAAUCUAA